GAAAGUAUUGUAGUUAUGCGUAGGGCACGCACGACUCGUGACGCAAAAAACAAGCCUCUGUCGGUGUCUCAGUUCUCGCCGGUUACAAAAGCUCCUCAAGCUCAGACGAACUGCCAUAGCCCCAAAAGAACAGAAGCCACUGCGGGCCUGAAUGUGAGGAAGGAAGACCCAAUUUCUAUCUCAGUUACGAAAAUGGCCCUCUCGAGAAACCUUCACCUCUCCAUUAUUUUCACUGCAGUCCUCUUCACCUUCGCACAGGCAGCCAACUUUGAGAUCAGGAACAAUUGCCCCUACACAGUCUGGGCUGCCGCUUCACCCGGUGGUGGGAAGCAGCUCAACCAGGGCGAGGUCUGGACCAUCAGCGUGCCUGCCGGCACAACAGGUGGCCGUAUUUGGGGCCGAACCAACUGCAACUUCGAUGGGAACGGCCGAGGAAGUUGUCAAACCGGCGACUGUGGUGGGCUUCUGCAAUGCCAAGGCUACGGUUCACCACCAAACACCCUAGCCGAAUAUGGUCUAAACCAGUCCAAUAACUUGGAUUUCUAUGAUAUAUCACUCGUCGACGGAUUUAAUGUCCCCAUGGACUUCGGCUCAACCAACGGUGCUUGUCACGACAUUAGAUGUACGGCCGAUAUCAAUGGCCAAUGUCCGGCGGAAUUGCGGGCUUCGGGAGGUUGUAACAACGCUUGUUCGGUGUACAAAACUGAUCAAUACUGUUGCACCUCAGGAAGCUGCGGCCCAACCGAUUACUCUAAGUUCUUCAAGAAUAGGUGCCCAGAUGCCUACAGUUACCCUAAGGAUGAUACCACAAGCACGUUUACCUGCGGUGGUAAUAGCGAUUACAGGGUCGUGUUUUGCCCAUCAGCCACCUUUGAGAUCCGAAACCAGUGCUCCUACACAGUAUGGGCCGCUGCUUCACCAGGUGGUGGUCGGCGACUAGACCCAGGCCAAUCCUGGACCCUCAACGUAGCUGCCGGCACAUCCAUGGCCCGCAUUUGGGGCCGAACAAACUGCAACUUUGACGCAAGUGGGCAUGGAAAAUGCCAAACGGGCGACUGUGGGCAGCUGCAGUGCCAAGGCUGGGGUGUACCUCCCAACACCUUAGCCGAGUAUGCUUUAAACCAAUACGGCAAUUUGGAUUUCUUCGACAUCUCCCUCGUUGACGGAUUUAAUAUUCCGAUGGAAUUUGGCCCCACCAAACCUGCCGGCGGCAAAUGCCAUGCGAUUAGAUGCACAGCUGACAUCAAUGGUCAAUGUCCUGGGCAGCUCAGGACCGCCGGCGGCUGUAACAACCCAUGUACUGUGUUCAAGUCCGAUCAGUAUUGCUGCAACUCUGGAAGCUGUGGGCCCACCGAUUUCUCUAGGUUCUUUAAGGAUAGAUGCCGUGAUGCUUACAGUUACCCUAAAGAUGACCCAACAAGUACCUUCACCUGCCCUGGUGGUACACCAAAUUACAGGGUUGUGUUCUGCCCAGGAGCCUCUGCUUCUAAGUCUUCCUCUUCUCAUCCCCUCUUUAAUAUUGUUAAUGACUUAAUAUGAAGAGUUGAAGACUGAUCUAUAAUAUAAGCCUAUGUAAUGAGAAAGAGACCCUACCCACCAGAUGUAUGUGAUAAUAAAGCUCAGCAUUAGUUGGGCCUAUUUCCCUGUUAGGUUCCCUUGUGAAUAGUGUUUCACGAAUGUAAUGCCUUUUUUACUAAUGAUAAGCUUUCUUCUUCUUACUUAUA